AUGCCCCGCCGAAAGCCCAAAAAUCGAGAAAAUCAAAGUGCAUCUGAAGAAAACAGUUGCGAAAAUCUCCUCAAUCCAGAAAAUGAAAAUGAAGAGGCCGAUUCUCGUUACCCCGGAGAAAAUGAAACAUUUGCGACAUCGGAAGCCACUUCCAUCGUUUCGAACAAAGACCUGCUAAAAUUUCAAAUCGACCGCUCCGCUCCGACGCGUUCCUGUUCCAGAUGCUCGCUUCAGUUCUUCUUGACAGUCACCUUCACGAUUUUUGUCUACAUUUCUCCGAUUUUGUUCCUGACGCUGCCGAAAUUCAUCCCGCAGCUUUUUGAAACGGAAAUUCCGGGCGAUUAUGAGCCAAUCUCUCAAAACUUCACCGAUAUUGGUUUUCAAGGGCAACUAAUAGCAAUAGCGGUGAAGCUGAUGAUUCUGAUGUUUGCUACUGCAGUUUAUCUAUCUUCAGAAACGCGAAUCGCGCGGCUACCAUCUAUCAAUCUCUACCGCCUGCUCGUUUCAGCAGUUUCUUUCGCCGUUAUUUCAAUCUUCUGGCUUUUCUACGCUUUCAAAGUGAUUCACUGGAACCAGUGGGACUACGCGCCCAUCAUCGUCUUUACCAGCUGUUAUGUCGAUGUCCUCCUGUUUCUUCACUAUCUCGGGCUGGUGAUUUUGUACCUGCGAUGCAAACAUACAGUUUACUUGCUAGAAGUCACCAGAUCGACAGAUGGCGAUACACGAUAUUACAACGCUGGGGCAAAUUCUAUUCAAGCUACAGCCGCUUAUGUUCUUCAAAAAUACUACCGAGACUUUCCACUGUACAAUCCAGCGCUACAGUAUCGCUCAAAAAGCAGCUACAGGGUCAGAUCGAGCUCUUUCAAAGUUUACAACAUCGACGAAACGGGAGAAAAUCAUCAUCCAGAUGAAGAAGCAGACGCAAAAGCGAUCAUAACCGCCGCUGCUAGAAGAAGAGAUGCUGGCCAGAAUGAACGAUACUUCCAUGAUGUGGAGCGAGAGCGAAGAAUCAGAAAACGCCGCUCAAGACUUGAGUGCGCCGUCGACGAUGCCUUCACCGUUGUCCACCGAGACAUCAACAGCAAUCACUCGGCCAGAGAAGUCGCGGAAGAAUUGUGGCCAACGAUGGCGAGAAGCAUGCAAAAAUAUCUUAGAACGACGAGGCAGCAUCAGCACUACACUCGCGAAGACGUCCUCGACCACCUUUCUUUCUGCUUCCGCCACGGCAUAGGCCCCCGCGGCUUUCUCGCGAAAUAUCUCUCCCCUCAGCCUUCGAUAACUUAUCCCGGCCAUCUGCUGGACAACGCCGCCUGGUCGGUUUCCUGCGACGAGCCACUUCUUUCCGGAAUUCGAGCGGGAGUGACGUUCGAGAUUAUACAGUCGGAUUACAAGCUCAUCGUUACUGUAAGAAAACAACCGACUCUGGUACUUCACGAUGAGUACAUCGACCCAAAGAGUUUUCGAUUCAAAUUGGACUUGAAUCAAGCAGAGUCCCCUGUAUGA